AGAGAGAGACAGACAGACAGAUAUGCUUCUGGUCAUGGUCUUCAGAGGUUUACUGGUGCUGGGUCUGAUCAUGUCACUGGACGGACGUAAGAAAGGCCAGAAGACCAAACCGAAGGCCGCCAAAGGCUCCGGACCAGUCAAGGUCUUUGGACAGAGAGGAAUGACUGUAGGGUUGUUUCUGGAUCCUAACCUGAAGACCGCUGUCCCUGUCCUUGAUAUAGCCUCCAGGUCUCUCUCUCCAUGGACGUACAGCGACACGUACGAUGAGACCCGGGUCCCUCAACAUCUCUCCCAGGCUCAGUGCCAGAGGUCUGGCUGUCUAACCCCAGACGGAGAAGAGGACAUGGGGUUGGAGUCCAAACCCAUGAUCCAUCAGACCUUGGUGCUCCGCAGGGUUCAGGGAGAGAAGCGCAGCAGCGGAGGGAAGAAGAAGGGGAAGAAGAAGGGAUAUUUCUACAAACUGGACAGUGAGACUGUAAAUGUGGGCUGUACCUGUGUGAGACCCAGCAUUUUCCCUCAGAAGCAGUGAUGAUAAGAGAACGUCCUAAUUCAGGAAAUAAAUUCAAAAUUCUUUAAAUAUAAAAAAAGGUUUCCAUGGAAAAUGGAUUUCUGAUCAUUUUGUACAUUUCCUGAAUUGAUUGAAAUGGACCUUAACUUUAGUGAAGGCUUCCAUCUGUGGAGUGUAGCGUGACUGUAACGUAGACGUCUUCGAAGUGAAUAAUGGACGUUGACGUGUUUUUGUCUUCGGCUUUGAUGUUGACCCGUGGAAAUGGACCAAGUGAUUGUAUCACUGACCUCUUGACAUAUAGUCGACCUGGAAACAUCUGAGAUCAACGGUUCACAUUCUCUGUUUCUACUAUGUUUUAUUUCAUUUAAAUGACUUGUUAAAUGACUUGUUUAAUGACUUGUUAAAUGACAUGUUUAAUGACUUGUGAAAUGACUUGUGUAAUGACUUGUUUAAUGACUUGUUAAAUGACUUGUUUAAUGACUUGUUAAAUGACUUGUUAAAUAACUCGUUAAAUUUCGUGUUUAAUGACGUGUUUAAUGACUUGUUUAAUUACUUGUUUAAUGACUCGUUAAAUGACUCGUUAAAUGACUUGUUUAUUUAAAGGGAUACUUCGGGAUUUUGGCAAUGAUGCCCUUUGUCUACUUCCCCAGAGUCAGAUGAAAUCGUGGAU